CUGCAACCAACAAAUCCCACUCAUUGUGCCUUUAAAGCACAGUGUUUGGCUCAAAUAUGGUAAAGACGUUUUGUUUCCCCCGAGUGGAUUUUAUAGUUAUUUGUCCCAAACGAGCAAUAAUGCCUGGUGCAGGUGAUUAACGGUUAUUUGGACUUGGAUCUAAAAUGUCAGCGAGUUGAUAUUGCCAUGCUAUAGCAGAACUGCUGCAACAACACAACAGAGUGCACAUGCAGAAUGAUCCAAUGGCAACAUCAGUGUAUCUAAGUUUUAGGCAACCUAAUAAAAAGCACAGACUAAUGGUCAAUGAUAAGGUUAAUGGUCAGAUUCUACAUAAUGCAGGGCCACCAAUUGUACAGUUGUUUGUGAUGAGUAAGACGAGGCUUAACGUGUAUGUGUACCAAUUUCAGAAAACACUAUACUACUAUACUAGUUAUAGUGUUACAUUUCCCUUGUGUGAGUGUGUAUGUGAGAGUGAGACGGAGAGGGAGACAAGAACAUGUGACUACACUCAAGAAACAGUGUGUGAUAGUCAUCAGACACUGUGCUCUCUCACCACUAUGGCUUGUGCUCUUCCACACGUAACUGUUUCUAGAUUAGGAAUGCAGUAGAGGUGUGCCAGUUAUGUGGUGUAUGACUACUGCAUUAAAGCAACUCUCAUUCAAUGCCAGUAUUGCAAUCCGCAGUAAGCUACGUCAUUUCAGCAUUUUAGAGAAAGUUGGAACCUUGACAGCAUAGCAACCAUGGCCUUCAGGAAAAUGCAACCUUUGUGAUGCUUUUACUGUUACACUUUUAACAAGAUGGUUCCAGAAAGGUAUUGACUCAACUGAGGCUAUAUCUUUAUAUAUAUUGAAGAAUAAGGCCAGCUUUUUUUAUGUAUUACGUUUCGCUGCUCUGAAGUAAAUACAUGUACUGUAAUAAGGAAAAUCUGCCCAUCCCUCACCAUGGUAACAAGAGGUGCAACAGCUCCAGACCCCGCCCACGUUAAAGCUCCGUUGCUAAGCACCGAGUAAACUUUAAAGAGCAGAGUCAUAACAAAUGUACCUCCGACGGGCUACUUGACUUUUUCGGUUCUUGGUCAAAUUUCUCGCAGGUUUAUUACAAGUGCAAUGUCCAAGGCACAACCCAAGAAAAAGGAGUCCUCCUCCAGUAAAGUCUCUUUAUCCGACCGACAGCCUGAAGCAGGGUCCCUAGUAGCCACUUCCUCUGAGAGCCUCAAAGGUGUAUGGAGAUGCAGAUUUCCAAUUUGGCCUGAGUGGAAUGAUGCGGAAGUCAACAAGGAGAAAUGGGACUCAAGUAAAGGAGCUGAAGAUGGAAGGACAAACAAGACUCCCAAUGCUCCAUUUUUUGAAGAUCCUGAGGGAAAAAUUUCCCUGCCUCCAUCUUUGAUAGUGCACUCCUGGAAGCGUCCCACAGAAUUUGUUGUCAACAGGGAUCUCACCGUUGUUGAAAAUCCAAUAACCUUUGAACUAAUCUCCCCCAAUGAUCAUCUGAUUUGCAGUGAGCUGAUGAGGUGGAUCAUCAGUGAGAUCUAUAUUGUUUGGACGCUGCAUAACAGUACAGAUACAAAACAAGAUGGUUGGAAACCAUGGGAGCACAUCUACUCGCUGUGUAAGGUGGUGAAAGGUCAUGUGCCACUCUACAACAACUAUGGGAAAUACCUGGUCAAACUCUACUGGAUGGGUUGUUGGAGGAAGAUACCAGUAGAUGAUUCGAUGCCAUUUGAUGAAGAAAACAACUUGCUUCUUCCUGCCUCCACCUGUCAGUCAGAGCUGUGGCCAAUGUUGUUGGCUAAGGCUCUUAUUAAAGUGGCCAACACAAAUGUUGUGUCAGAGGUCUGCAGAGAGAUUGGCGAGUUCACCUUUAUCCACACCCUCACCGGCUGGAUGCCAGAAAUCAGUCCUAUAAAGUCUGUAAACCUGGGAAAAACCUGGGAUUUCUUACUAGAUACCAUUCCAAAAUGUACACACCCAGAUGAGAGUUUGACGGAGACGGCGCCUCAGACUGCAGAUCCAGCUGCAGGGAGAGAUUCCAGCUGUAAUGACAGCAAGAGUCAGCUGCUAGAGCCAGAGAAAAGUAAAGGUACUCCUGAUGUAGUGGUGUGUGCCAGCUACUACAAUUUACAGCCACAUAACAAUACCUUUGGGUAUGGACAAAUGGCUAAUUCCUCAGAGUUUCUUCGUCAGUACGGUUUCUCCUUGCUGUACAGCCACAUUGUCCUGUUGACCAGAACGCGGGAUUGCCAACUUGAGGCACCACCCAAACCUCCACCUGUACCCAAAUGGAAACUCAUCCGCCAGCGGAAGGAGAUCCAUGUCAUCUCUGAACCACGGAAGCUUCCUUUGUCAAAACCACAGCAGUUCAUUGAGGUUGCCAGCCCUUUUCUCUCCCACCGUGUCAGGAGCAGCGUUGGACCGAUCCCGGAGCUAGAGGCCACGAAGAGCGCUCAGGGGAAGCAUUCCCACGCAUCCCCUCUGGUGUCCAUUGGUGAGACAGAGGAGACUGAAUGCAGAGAAGGCCUGGAGCCUGAUGCAGCUGAACGCACCACAAACUCACCGCACGGCACAACAGACAAAAUAGAGGUUACUGCAGAGGACGGGAAGAAGGACAAUGAUGACAUAUCCAAUGAUCGGCCCAACUCUGCUUUGGAGGAGCCUGUAACUGAGAAACCCACAGCUCCUGUUAAACCCUUCCUGCAGGAGACCUGGGUGGACCUGGAUGAUUUUGCUAAAUGCUUUCAGACUCUCUUGGUGUUCCAUAAACCACAAAUCUACCCACAUCAUGUCCAGAAAUCUCAUUUUAAGAGCACGGUCUUGUCCAAAACUGCAACAAGCACUAACUGUACUGGAUCAUCUACUAACUUCACUGGAUCCCUCCACGUGACAUCUACUGUAGCAAGCCCGGAAUGUCCAGAAGUAAGAGGCACAUACUACCUGUUUGUGGACAGCCUGAAACCUCCCCAGAUCCGCAUCAGCUUCUCUGUUCUGCUUCUCUGGGGAGAUAUAGCUGAGGAGAAAAAGGAAACGUCAGCAACAUGCUGCUCUGCAGUUCUCAUCGCCCAGGACUACUCCUGGAAAAGCCUGCGGUCUCAGCUGCCAAUUCUCACCCUCAAGACCACCUCCUCAAAGGCAGCAAUGCUUAACUUACCCCCAGGACGCCACGUGUUGUCCUUCCAAACAAAGGCAGCACUGGGCUACAACGUCCACCUGUGCAGCAAGACACCGUUCAUCUUUGGGGAUGAAGAAACCAUCAUGUCAUACCUUACCACGGAAAGUGCCCGUUUCACUGAGCAGGCCUCGUCCAUCUUGAGGUGCCUUUCCAGAGUGGUGUCUUCCUUUAGCGAUGAGCAGAACCAGCCAGCAGCCAGAAGAACCCUAGAAGAGGCUCACCGCCCGCAAAACAUCAGCACCACCCUGGGAAAAGGAGAACAUCACAAGAUGUUUAACUCUGCAGUUUACAACAUGCUGUUUGAGGCUCUGGGCAGAAAGCUGACAUCAGAGGAGCGCUUUGCUAUACUGGCCCUCACAGCUGACCCUUCACUCUUGGCAUCUGACCCCAAAGAGCACUCCCUUACAUUGGAUGCAGAAUCAAAGCCUCCAGAAAGCUGGAGAGACAGGGAGCCAACGGAAAGGGAGGUGAAGGCAGUCACCAUCCUGCAGGCUGGAUUUAAAGGACAUUUCGUGCGAGAGAUCUUUAAUGCGUCAAAACCAGGCACGAAGGAGAACCUCAGUGCGUCUAAGAUCCUUUUAGACAUGUGGCUGAAGGUUGAAUCGGAUGCAGAAAAACAUGCUGCCAUCUUGCUACGGUUUAUCAUUGACCACUCUGAGAGGAAAGCAGAGCUCUACUCCUGUCAGCAGGAUGAAUGGACCAGAGUUUCCUUCGCUGAUUACUCCGUCCCUCUUCAAGACACAGCCAACUCCUGGGUCUUGGUCUUUAGAGAGGUGUUCCUUGUUUCUCAGAAGAUGCUGCUAGUCCCAAAGGUCUACUCCCCAAUCCCUAAUUGUCUGCUGCACGUGAUAAAUAACGACACAGGAGAGGAGCUGGACAUGGUCUUCAACAAAGUAGCGGAACAUGUCUAUCAACCCAACAAGCUUGGUUAUACCUUUGUAGCAGAGGCUGUCACACCUGAGUCCCCCCCUGUUGGUGCCAAGUGGAGGAUGCGCUUGAUUGGUUCAAGAGAACUCCUUCCAGAACUGUCCCGUGAGAGUCCACUCAACACGUUCUCAGUAAAGGAAUUCAGGGAUUAUUACAUUCCCAAUGACAAAAACCUCAUAUGUCGUCACGCUGUGCAGGUGACGGCAGACGUCCUUGGAACAAUUCAGUUUCAGACUUCCAAGACAGACGUACUGAUCCGUCUGUCCAUUCUGGACCAGGAGGAGGAGGUGGCCGGCAACAUAGGGAAGGGUCAUGUACUAAUUCCUGUGUUCUGCUUCCUGGCGGACAAAGACCCUCCCCAGCAAAGAGAUGAAGAGGAUGGAACAGCUGGGAAUUCAGACUCCUCGUCUGACCAGCACCAGCCUCCCACAGAGACUAUGGGUCAUACGUACGUGGUGCAGGCAGAGGUGCUUCAUAAGAGCUGGGAUUUGGAUGAAUCUCAGGUGGAUUUUGUCCAUAUCCUCAGAAACUUGGAGAAGAAUGAAAUGAGAGUAUACCAGCCUGAGGACUCGAACCGCUCAUCCAUCAUCAACACGCCGCAACAUCAAGGGCACAAAUCUGACACACCUAAAGCCAAACGCAAAGCUGCCACCUCUAAAUCUGGCUCCAGGCAGGACGCGAGCCUUGACCUGACGAAGGCGAAUUGGACUCUGCGUGUGGUCAGUGACCAGAGCAAUACGAAGAGCAUCGAGGUGACGAAGGACACUGAGAGAAGGGACCAGAUUAAAGCGAUUAAAAAAGCCUGGCUCAUGGCUGAACCAGGCCGCUGUGCCAAGGCUUUACAGUCUCGUCUCAAGUUUUGUAACCAACUCCAACAUCAAGCAGGUGAUGAAACUACUACAGAUGACGCGGAAAGCGAAGAGCCAGCUGGUCCCGGCACCUCUCUCGAUCCAUCCAAUGAAGAGCUGACGGAUGCCUCAUGCUCCUAUCCUCCCAUGGACUACACUCCCUUCAUCAGACUCCAAAAGGAUUGCCCAGCGCUGAUGGACUCACAAAGGGAAGAGAUCCAGCAGAGGGAGCGCUUGGAAAAGAUCCAGUCUUACCGGUUGGUCCGAGACAAUGUGCUGGAGCACCGGAAACGGCAGGAGCUCAACAGGAAGGAGCUAAUGAGACACCAGCUGGAGAUGUAUGAGAACAUGCAGGCAGCCUCGAGGCAGCGUCGUAAGAAAUUACUCGAUGCUUGUGAGGCAUUUAGCAGCCAUCAGAUGGCGGCCGUGAAAAAGGUACAAGAAGCAAAACAAGUUCUGGAGGAGGACCAGGAGGCAACUCUAGAAAAAACAACCCCCACCUCUGCUGCCGCCCAGCAGCACAACAAACGUGUCAAGAGUGCCGGCAAGAAGAAAUGAUGAUCCAGUUCCAGUCUCAAGUCUCCUGAGCGAACACCUCUCAACAAGUCUGUUUGAACGCUCUUCAUUUAAUCACAACAUCGUAGCCUGCACUUGAUGAUAUAACACCUCACCAGAAGAUUGUUGCAACACCUGAUUCAGAGCUGCAAGUGCUAUUGCCUCUUGCUUAUGUCAUUUGAAAUAUGAAACUAAGAACUAUAAGUAGUUGGAUUGCUAAUGUUUGUAAUGUUGUUUUAAAAAUGACCAAAUAUGUUCAAACUUUCAGGAAAUGCAAUAUUUAAAAAAUAUAAUUUUUGCACACAUCUAUGACCUUCGUGUAUAACCUGUGUUAACACUGUAUAAAACAUAAUACAAUAUAAAGGCUGUGUGCAUUUGAGAAUGUCAAGCCAUCUCACUUGCAGUGUUGCCUGAUUAUAUUCCGCAAAUCUUUUGUUUUCUUGAAGGUCACUGUAUUGAUUGUAUGACUGCUACUGAUUGAUUGGUUAAUUGAUAUAUUCCUGCUGAUGGAAGCCCACAAGAGUCAGUUCCAAGAUAAAGUGUUGCAUAAGGAAAAUGCAGCAUGGGUAGGUGAGUAUCGAUUACCAUAAUCCCCAAGGUUGAUGUGAAUAUAUUUCCGAUGGCUUGGCUUCUGAUAUGCAUAACUGUAAAUCAAUCAAGUCCUUCUUUGUCAAACGCUGUAGUAAAGUAAGUGUCCUUUUAUCUUUGCUUAGUAUUUGCAGUGCAUCUAGUUGGUCUCCAUCCCCCAGAGUCAGCUGACCAGCUGAGGAAUGGGAAGCUAAAUUGGAAAUGAAAGGGAAGAGGGUGCCAUCUAGUGGCUGUGGACAUUAAUACAUUAAUUCAUUACUGCACUAUGCUAUUUUCAUGGUUGACAAUAAUGAAUAGUUCAAUUGUGUGCUGCUGCAUGAAGGAAAUUAUUAUUAUUAUGCGGUGUGUUCGUGUAUAAGAGUGUGUGGAUGUGCGUGUGUGUGUGUGCACAAGAUAGCAGGGUGAGAGGAAUUAGUUGUGCCUGCUUGUAUGUGUGUGCAUGUGCAAAGUCAUGCUGCAGUAAUCCGUUCCUGCUCUAAAGCUUUUGUACCCUGAUGCAGACAAUUAGUUUAUUAAAAUCCUUCUUUGUAGGAAAUGAUUCCCUCUUAUUAUGAUACUGGAUUUAAAUUAGGACUAUACAACAUAUGAAUCACGAGUUGGACUCGUACAAAGAUGCUAGACACAAGGAUGCUGUAGACACGAGGACAUUUUAACAGUAGUUUGUUUAUACCUACACAAUGUUGAAUAUAAA